CCCGGCACUUGGCGGCUGGACCCCGGUGUAUGUUUGCGUUUCUCAGUGAUCACAAACCACCCCGUAAAAAUCCUCACGAUCAUAACCAAUCAAUCAGCCAACCUAAAAAUAACCCCAAACACCUCGCUUCAGGUUCGCAUAGCCACAAAUCCUCCACCCUCUCGGCUCGGUGGUAGGUAAAUUCCCUCGUGAAAAGCCCGGAUCCCAAGCCCCCUUGCCCCCAGUGCACAAGAAAAAUGGAAAAUCCAGAGGAGGUGCUCCAAGCCCUUGACGAAUUUCAAAAGCUUCGUCCAUCGGAAAUACCCCGUGAACUCGAGGACUACUUGUGUUUUGUGGCGAAAACAGGGGAUCCAGUGUAUCAGUGGUCCUUGAUAAAGCCCCUGUUUCGUGAGAAACUUGUCCGCGUGAUGACUGACUUCUACGAGAGCUGUCCAACUUUGGACCUAGCAGCCAGUCCAAACAUCGAGCAAUUCAACUACGACAGUAUGAAGGGCAAUCUCCUGGACCUGUUGGAGUCCUUUGCGAAUGCCCCCUUCACAGUCCAACGUAUCUGCGAGCUUCUGACAUCCCCGAGGAAGGAAUACAACAGAGUGGACAAGUUCAUGAGAGCAAUCGAAAAAAAUAUUCUCGUAGUGUCAACACGAGAGCCAGGAGCAGCUCGUCGAAGUGAGAAUGGCGAUAGUAUGAUAAACGGUUCUAUGGAUGAGGAGAGCCCAGCGACUCACCACGAGGUGGAGAUGGAAUCCUGGGUAAAGGACUGUACAGCUGAUUUACCCGAGGAGGACAGAAAAUCACCGAAAGCCAAUGAGGAAGCUGUGAUACACGAGAAACAGGAAAAUCGUUCAGACGUAAAUAACUUCAUCAGCAGUGAGACUUCAACAGGUACAUUAAAUUCGACUCAGCACGAGCCAACGUUGUGUAGUAAUCCCCCAAAUGUGCCUGAUGUAUCUGGUAUUGUUGGAGACGUUCCAGAAGCUAUUAUGAAUGAGGAUACUAGCUCUCAGCCUAGUUUGGAUUCAGAGAGUGAUGAUAGUGAGGUGAGUAACUCGAGAAAACUGACAUUUCAGUCUAGGGAUUUUGGAAAGUGUGAGAAAAUCGAGGAUAAGGAAAAUGAUAAAAUUUGUGAGGGAAUUGAGAAGCUUGAGGAUUCACGUAAAGAGGAUCAGGAAAGUAAAGUCAAUUUCAAUGCUCAUCGUCAGCCUGAAUUGUCCCUUGAGGAUCAAAUUGUUGAGAAACGGGCUAGGCUGGACGAUGAGAGCCCAGUGAUAGAUGCUGUGGAGACUGUUUCAAAAUCUUUAGAGACAAAUUCAGCAUCUCCAGAAACGAAGGAUGUCUCUGAACCUGCGGAUAGUUCUGAGGAUACUGAGGAAGGGGAAAAAACGGAAGAGAUUAAGGAGGAACCUACAACUGUUGCAGCUACUGAUGCAGUUGAUGCAGAACCAGAGGCUCCAGUGGAGUCAAUUCCAGAGCCUGAGUCUCAAGCCGAGCCUGAACCAGAACGAGAAGACGAGGUCAUCGAAACAGAUUUCCAGGAGCUUCCAGAGUAUCAACUUAAGAUUGUGAACUCCACGGAGGCAUCAGAUGCUCCAAGUGAAAAGGACGAGGAGAGUCAUAGUGAAGUCCAGCAGGAGGUGAAACCGAUAAUAGAAGAGCCUCCCCAGGACGAUCCUGAGGAGAGGGCUGAUGAGGCUGAGGAGACUGGGGGGGUUGUCAUCCAGGAAGCAAUGGAUGACGAUGCCAAGGUUGGAAAUACUAUGGUGCCAGAUCCAAUUCCCAUUGUGGAGGAGCCUAAGGAGGAAGUUGCUGUGGACAGGGCCGAGGAAACCACGAUAGCAGAGAUCAUCGAAACCAAGAGCCCUCAAGAGGAGGAAGUUACUGGAGGUAGUGACGACAGCGUCACCACUACUGUCGUUGCGCCGAGUAAGGAGAGUCAUGUGGAUGUGGAGGAACUGUGCGAGGCCCAGCAAAUCCCUGUGGACGACGUUUCCAUUGCUGAGGAGCCCUGUGAAGAGAGCAUGGAGAAGGAACCAGCUGAGUCUAUGGAGGUCGACAGUGAGGAUGCCGUGCCUAUUAUCCAGCAGGAUGAACCCAUGGAAGAGGAGUGCGGAGAACAACUCAAGAGUUAAUGUACCAAACUGAUAUUAAUCGUGAAAAUAUCAUUCGCGCUUUUUCGAUUACUUAAAUUCUCGUUGCUUGAAGGAGUCAGUGACUUGGAGGAUGCUUGAAUGAAGAAGUUGGUUGUCUUUUUAUGUUAGUGAGGUCAUUAUCAUUUUUUAUGUUCGUGGGGAGAAGCGGUGAAGUUAGGGGGAGCGGCAGGAGGGGUGGACUUGUUCGAUAGGGUUUUCAGGCCUUUUUUGAAAGUCGUCAAUUUCGAAAGUGUUGGGGGUGUCUAGCGAAAAUUGGGUUGAUAAUUUUCAUCAGAACAUAGUGAAUGUUUCAAUAAAACUUUCAAUAUUUUUUCGUAAAAUGUCUCGUUACGAGGAUGGCAUAUUAAAGUACAUAAGUUGCAAAAUCAAACGUUGUAUGAUAAAUAUCGUCAACGGGGUGGAAUUCACGGGAAAGUUUAUUCACUUUGAUGAUUGUUAUUCCUUCCAUAACCUUUAAUCAGUCGUGCUUUCUCUAGUAUCUCACUCACUCUCCAGUGGUGUCUUAUAGGUUGGAUAUGGUUUCGUGACACCACGCUCACAGCACGAAUAAGAAUAUAAGAAGGACUAAUUUUGAGAGACAAUGUGAAGAGAAUGCUUCUGAAAGAAAAGUAAAUUCUCAAGCGAAAAAUUUUAAUAUUUCUAAACUAUUAAUUGUCAAAAAAGGCUGCAAUUAUAUUUCACAGAUUCGUGAAUUUCAAACCAACAACAUGUCUUUGAAUACUUUCCUAAACCACUUAUCCUUGUGAUAAUUGCAAAUUAAACAUUCCUUCACAAGAGAAUUGAUGGAAAAAAGGUUGUAAAACUCCUAGCAAUUACGGAAAAUGUCUCCAUAAGUCGACCCCACGUUUCACCACUUCUCCACUUUAUCAAUUAUUUAAUUAGUCAUUUUUUCCAAUUAGAUGUACUUUGAAUUAUUUCUCUGAACAAUUAUCAAUUUGACAAGCACUCCAAUAACUGAGGUAAUGAACUACGAUGACUUGUAAAUUACAAAUUGAAGGCAAACGAAGACUUGCGAGGAGGAAACAGGAUCCCAAUGUACCAUGCCAAUUUUCUUCAUGAACUUCGUAAAUGUUCAAACGUUGAUACUUAUAAUAAUAUAUGGAUAUAUCUUUGAAUUAUUUUGGUACAAUUUUUCAUACGAGUAAUCAAGAUAUCAACAGACCCUUCUCCCUUAGUAAUAAUGAUAAUGUAAAUUUAUAUUCUGGUGAUACGUAAAUAUGAACAACACUGCCUACUCGUCAUUAAAAUGCGAAUAUUUAACUGAUGUGAAUGAAUACAAGAGUGAGUUCACCACAAUUUUUCGAGUCAUAUCGUGAGAUUACUUCGGAUUCAUCACGAAGGAUAAUUAGUUGAGAAUGAUUGAUGGUUUCGUUGUAAAGAUAAUCAGCCAAAUGUGACAUAAUUGUUGAUUUUGCAAUUAUCUAGGAAACGAAUGGUGUGACAGAAAAAUAUCGCAAGACCUUUUUUGUCGAGACAAUUCUCGACAAAAAUAGUGUAGAGACAUUUCCGUCUAGCACUCCUCAUCACCGAGAUAAUUGCGUAAUCAGCAGAACCCAAUAGUGAUCUUUAUUUCUUUAGAAAUAUAAUCAAUUUUUUAAUUUAAUAUUUUUUUCAUCAAUUGACAUCGUUGUGCAUGGAAUAGAGCAUCAUGAUACGUAUGAAAGGGUGUAUCGAAAGAAUGAGGAAAAUGGACAUGAGAAUAAAAUCGUUAACAGCCAUUUAUGACGUGGUAUACAUUCACCCUAAAGUUAAGUGGAAAUUGGAGAAGACAACCCGAUAAUUAAAUAAUAUAGGACUAAAUGUAUGAAUAGCUUAAGACAGCUGUGUA